AUGGCGCCAGGUACAAUCGCAAACAAGGCCAUGAACAUCUCGCGUAUGGAAGACACUGAACCGUUGGCGCAACAUGAACUGACUGCGCCGGAAGCAACCUGUCCGAAAACCUCAAACCCGGAAACAAGGAGACCUGGACCUGUCACCCGACCACCUAAUUCAACGAGCAAGGCGCAUAGCCGAGGAAACUCAUACUCAUCUUCAACUAUCUCCCGGCCGACCGUACCUGCAUCUCGCACAACCAACGGCUCCUUCUCCUCAACUAUCGGCCCUGGCGCGCGUCCAGCAUCGGCAAUGUCCCGGCAUCAAUCGUCCUUCAACGGCCGCAAACCCAUCGGUGCAUCGAUUCCACGCGCUGCGAGUGCGUUGGAUACCCAUAUGGAAGACGUCUCACCCAGCGUGCUAGGAAAGCGAAAGGGCCCGGAAUGGGAUCAAGCCUCUCGCGAAAAGAGCAUAGAGGGAUUGAUGCAAACUUUCAUGGCCCAGGUAAAUCAACAAGGUCAAGCAAGCUCUGGUCUCAAGGAGACGGUUGAUUUGUACAAGUCAAGGGUCAACGAGCUCGAAGCCUCUCGGGAUGAGUUGAAAGAACUCAACAUUACCCAGCGUGUGGAACUAGACUCGCUGCGAAACCAGUUACGUACGGCAGAGCAGGCUCGUAAAGAGGACAAGCGAGAGCACGAAAUCGCCAUGGACGAUCUUUACCAACGUCAGCGCAUUGAAUUGGAUUCUCUCCAACAACAAUGCAGGAAAGAAGUCGCCACAAUCACUGACCGACAUCAAGAGGAAGUUCGCGACCUGAAACGACGAUUUGAUCGUGAUCUCGAAGACGAGAAAGCAGCACAACUAAGCGCGCUCGGCAAGCUGACCUCCCAAUCUGCACUUGAUACCCAGAAGUCACAAAUUGAAUUGGAAAGGAGGGACCGGGAAAUUACAACAUUGCACGAUGGGCUACAGGUCCUGAAGGCGGAACUCGAUCGCGAACGAAGAACUGUCCACGAACUCAAACUUAACCUCGAUGCUACAAGCUGCAACAGCGUCACCCUAGAGUCAUCAAUCCGUGCUCUUAAGGCACGCAUUGAGUUCCUAGAAAGUGGACGGGAGGAACAGUCUAAAUCAUUUGAGCGGUGCAACCAGCAGAUGAUGGAUGCGUUUGCCGAGACAGAGGCAACAAAGGAGAAGCUGCGCAGGGAAGAGACACUGCGACGCAAACUUCACAAUCAAGUGCAAGAGCUCAAAGGCAACAUCCGCGUGUUUUGCAGAGUUCGCCCCUCGCUCAAUAGUGAACCUGCCUCCGAUCUCACUCUCAUGCAGUAUCCUGAUGAGAACGACGACGGAAAGGAGAUUAAUAUUCUUGGGCCUGAAGAGAAGAGCAGCCUUGGAACAGUUAACCGGAAGAACAAUACUUUUUCGUUUGAUCGUGUGUUCAAUCCAUCCACCCAGAACGCCGAGGUCUUUGAUGAGAUUAGCCAGCUUGUUCAGAGCGCCCUGGAUGGCUACAAUGUUUGCAUAUUCUGUUAUGGCCAAACUGGUAGUGGCAAGACGCACACAAUGUCAUCUGCCGACGGUAUGAUCCCUCGCGCUGUUCACCAAAUUUAUGAGACCGCGCAAGGUCUAGAAGAGAAGGGUUGGCGGUACUCAAUGGCCGGCAACUUUGUCGAGGUCUACAACGAAAACCUCAAUGAUCUCUUAGGCAACCCGGAUGAAUUGGAUAAGAAGAAGCAUGAGAUUCGCCAUGACAUGCAGCGUGGCAAGACUACCAUCACCGACAUUACAACUGUCAACCUGGACUCCCCCGAGAUGGUUGAGUCUAUUCUCAAGAAUGCGGAUGCCAACCGCUCGGUCGCAGCGACCAAAGCUAACGAGCGCUCCUCGCGGUCUCACUCUGUCUUCAUUCUCAAACUUAUCGGUCAAAACCACAUCACUGGCGAACGCAGCGAAGGCACGCUAAACCUCGUCGACUUGGCAGGAAGCGAGCGUCUGAGCCACAGUGGGGCAACUGGCGAGCGUCUGAAAGAGACUCAAAACAUUAACCGUAGUCUCAGUUCUCUGGGCGAUGUGAUUUCAGCUCUCGGCCAAGGCAAAGAUGGGGGUCACAUUCCGUACCGGAACAGCAAGCUCACUUACCUUCUCCAAUUCUCCUUGGGUGGAAACUCCAAGACACUCAUGUUCGUUAUGGUCAGCCCGCUCUUGGCACACAUGUCGGAGACCUUGACCAGCUUAAAAUUCGCCACCAAAGUACAUAACACCCACAUUGGCACCGCAAAGCGACAGGCGCGUGUUCGUGACGUCUGA